AAAUUGCUGAGUGUUCUCAGGCAACAGUUUCUCAAGUGUUAAAAAAUAAUCAAACUAUUAAUAAACAAUCAGGUCAUCCCCAAAUAAUGACUGUGCAAAAACGAAAAAAAUUGUCAAAAGCUGUUCUUAAUAAUAAAGAUUCUAGGCGUCAAAGUUUAAAAGAAGUUUGUUAG